GUGACAGCUGUCAAAUGCCAAAUUAAUGAUUCAUCGCUCUCUCAAGAGGCGGAGUCUACGAAUACCAAAACAAAGUUGGUCAGUGCCGCGUUUUCAGAUUUUACAAAAUAGUUUACUGUUAAAAUUUAGCUAUCGCAAAUUACAAUGUCAGAUCCCAGCUCCCAAGAGGGAGCUCGUUACAUACCAGCUGGGUAUAACAGCGAUGACACGGAAGAGGAGUACCUGAUGUCACCGAACGAUUCCAACGUUUCGUUUGGUUCCACCGGUAAAUGCUUCGAAGACGAGCGCAUUAGAAUUGUUCCGCAUCUAGGGUGGCAUGCCGGACUUGGGGAACGAGAUUUUGACACCACACUGGACGAAAGCAUUGGCAAUUGGUUCGAGGGUUUCCAGGAGAGUUUCAAAGCCCUUAAAAAGGGUCCACUAAUAACGCAGCGAUUGCACAUGUUUUAUCUGAAUACACAGAACCCUUUCGAGUGGGCUCUGAAGCUGUUCGCCAACUGUGGAGAUAACAAUGCGCCGAAAACCAGCUCGCUUGCCUAUACUGUGAUUGAAGAGUUAGCCUCAUUUAAGAAGCAAUACAAACCCGACACAAGCGUUCUGGUGGACGAUAACUUGCGAAUGGUGGCGUUCAACUUCGUGGCCAAACACGGCCAUUGUCAACUGUUUCGAAUGGUGGUAGACACUUUUGAAAUGUUGCCCUGUCGAGAGAUGUUCAUUCCACAAGUGAGACAAAUGAUUGUUCGGAAGCAGUACAAAGAAGCCGGCCAGAUUGCGAUUGAUCUGGAGCUUUUCAGUGAGUUCGAUGAGCACGAUUUUGUGAUGCCUUUGUUUAUGCAGGAUAAGAUUUCGAUUGCCGAAGAUUACUUGAAUAAGGCUGAACGGUUGCAACGACCGGUGGUGAAAUUGUUGGACUCGUUCUUCGAUAAACGGCAAUCGGUGGAAAACCACUGUUCUCUUUAUAUAACCGAACACGAUGUUACAGAUGUAUACUAUAGUAAGCUGCAUCAGAAGCCGUUAAGUAAAUUAGUACAACGACUGGCGAAAAAUUACAAUGUUCCAAAGGAGUUCACACCGAACGUGAAUAAAAUGAAGAACUUCGGAGCACUGCAGUUUUUACUGCACAAGCGAUACUACGAAAAGAGCUUGAAUAAAGAUUCCUGGGAUGAGAUGGUGCGAGACACCGUCCCGAAGGAUGACACCGACCUGCAGAUGGAAUUGGUCUGCUUGUGCUCGAAUUUCAAUGAUCAAGCUGAAGCGGCCAAGUGGGCACGAUUCUAUCGUAUAAAGUUCACCGAGCUUCCCCUGCUGGUGCAGGAUUACAUAGUUGAGAGCGCCGGCAGCAAACCUGACGACCGUCAAAAGGCUGUGGAUAACGACGUGUGGGAUGCACCGAGUUCGGGAGAACCAACACAUUCGCUGUGUUUGGACGAUCGCCACGUGCAUCUGGUGGAUUCGCGGGAUAAAUUUUACGCGAUGAUAUCGGAUCUCCGCCAGCAGUCGCUCAUAUCUUUCGAUUCCGAGUGGAAGCCCACGUUUGGCGGCAGCAAUGAGGUUUCGCUGAUACAGCUUGCCACCUGGGAUAACGUGUACAUGAUCGACGUUAUGACGGGACAGCUGGAGACGACCGACUGGGUGGCGUUGGCGAAAAACGUGUUCAACCGCGACGAUAUUUUGAAGUUAGCGUUUGCCCCUUCCACCGACAUUUCUAUGUUCCAGAAAGCAUUACCAUCGUUCAAUGUUACCUACAAUUCGCAGACUAGUUCGUCUAUACUAGAUCUGCAGGAUUUGUGGCGAUAUGUAGAUACUGUUAAAAAUUUUAGGUUUCCUUUCGCGGAGGAAACGACAAAUAAAAAUUUAGCCAAUCUGGCUAAGCUAUGUCUUGGUAAAAAAUUAGACAAAUCGAAUCAAUUUUCGAAUUGGGCUCAGCGACCCCUGCGCAAGGAGCAGCUGCAGUACGCUGCACUGGAUGCGUACUGUCUACUGGAAAUCUACGAUGUGAUCCGGAAGCAACUGGUGAAGUUAAAACUUGACCCUGGCGACAUUCUGAACGGUUUGUUGUGCGAAACUAAAUCAGGAGGUGGUGAUGGAGUUACCAGCAAAAAAAAGUCGACUCGAUCUCGGGGGAGCAGAGCGUCCCGUCGAGUUGGAGGCAGUGAUGAAAAGUACAACAACAAACGAGCAGGGCAGAAUGUAACGGAAGCCACGAGGACAGGCGCCAGUGCUCAACGGCAACAACAGUUGCAGCAGCCGCCCAGUCCAAAUGUAAAAUCUGUGUUCGUUUCUGAGGUGCGUUUCGUAUGUGAUAAAAUGCUCGAAGGAUUGGCCAAGAUGCUGCGACGCUUCGGUAUCGACACGGUGGCGAUAAAGGGCGGCGAGAAUCAUGAUCGGUGUGUCUUUGUGGCCCUGAAGGAGAAGCGGUUCGUGUUGACUCGCGGUGCUAACUUUCAGAAGUUUUCGGAAUUCUUACCACCGGGUUAUUGCUACAAGAUUGGCAACGAUCGGGUAGAAGACCAACUGCUGGAGGUGCUCCGGUAUUAUCGGGUUGUAGUUUUUCAGGAGAAUAUUUUCAGCCGCUGUCAGCUGUGCAACUGUGGACAUUUUUUGUCGGCCAAGCCGGAAGAUAUCUAUAUGCUGGUGCACGGUCAGCCCAUGCCUAGCUCCUAUCGGGAGGACAAUCAUCGGGAACCGAUGGAAACACAAAUGGGGCGAAUUAGGUUGAAUCGCAGUUGGAUACUGGAUCGUUUGCUAAAGAAAUCAUUGGAAACCGGCCAAACGGCCAGUGGGGCCAAGAUCGAUACAGGCUACGUAGGUGACACAGUGCUGGCCAAUGUGGACGUAUUUUACAUCUGUGAUGGGUGCGGACGAUGUUAUUGGGACGGGUCCCAUUUAGACAAUAUUCUUGCCGGGAAACUGGCUGACCUGCUUACGCUUAGGUAUGAUUAAUCGAAAAUGAAUGUAUUUAGAAUAAAAUGGUAUUAUGUUUUGUA